GCCCCGCCCCUUCCUCCUCUCCCCCUCCGCCGGGUCCCAGGCUCCAGCUUCACGCAGUCUCGUCUCCUUGGCGACGCGGCGUCCAUGGCUCCUAUGCCCCAAAACCGGGCGGGUAGUGAGCGGAGCUAGCUUUCUCUGUUAGACCUUCCGAGAGCCACAGACGGGUAAGAGACGACGCACUGACCACGGUUGCCCUCUCCCCCGCGAGCAACCUGACCCAGCCCUCACUUUGGAGUCCCCCAGGCCCGGCGCCUGAACCCACAAACUUUUUACCCACACCAGGUUGGGGUUCUGGGGCCCCACCGCAGCGGAGGCGGCGCCCGAGAAGAAAAAGUGAUGAUUGAGCCAAAUGAAGCAAUGUCAGGGAAUAUCAUUUUAAAUGAAUAUUAACCUUAAAAUCAAAAAGAUUCUUUAUUUGCUAUGGAGAAGAAUCAUUCCUACUAAAUGAGGAAAAUAAUCACCCCACCUAGUUAAAGAGAUUGGUAUUAAAAAGAAUCAUAGUCCAGCUUCAGUUCGAGAAGAGUUUGGCUUGGGUUUGAUUGGAUUGUUGUUUGGAGUCGGGGAAAGGAGGCACAGUAAAUGCCUCUUUAGAUGCAGACCAAGAUUGGCAAGCAAACUUUAUAUGUCACCAACACAAGUCUCUUUAAAUGUAUCUAGGACAGUCUCAGAAAAGAAGAAAGUCUCCUCAAAAAAUAUUAAAAAUAAAGUCUCUUUAAAGAAUAGUGAGAAGAGAGUGUCUUCAAAGAAUACUGAAAAUACAGAAACAAAUCUACAGUCUAAGCUACAGUUACCUUCCUUCUUAAAAGAAGACACAGGUGAAAUGAGCAAAAAUGUAGUCAUUGCAGAGCAAGAGAAAAAAAAUGAAUAUUGCCUUGAGGAUACUGAUGACAAGUUGUCUGACUCAACAGACGAUGAUACCAAUGAUGAAGAUAAUGAGGAAGACAGUAACCCUAGUAAGGGCAUUCAUGCCCCGUUAGAGUUAAUGACAGAAUUCCUGAGAGCAGAAAUGGGCCAAGACUAUCAUUUGGCAAAAAAGUUAUGCCAGAUGAUCCUAAUCUAUGAACCAGAAAAUCCUGAGGCCAAGGAGUUUUUGUCACUUAUUGAAGAAAUGUUGCUGAUGGAGAAAGCUCAAAACCUUGAGGAAGAUGAUGAAGAGAGUGAAGAAGACAGCAGCAGUGAGAGUGAAGGGGAAAACAGUGAGGACUCAAGUGGGGAAAGCUCUGAUGACUGUGAAGAUGGGUGAUGACAGUUCUACUAUAGUUUAAUCUCCAUGUAUUUUCAUUGCUGUAUACUAUGGAAAUAUAAAUAAGAGAGCUGCGUUUCA